AAAUCAAAAUAAUUUUGUAUCGUGGCUACUUGCACCAAUACCAGACAAAAUGAUUGGUACUUGUCAAAGUGUAAAGGAAUCCUACAAUCUGUUUAUCGAACCCGAAUCAAUCAGUUUUC